CGAAUUUCAAAAACUCGCCCGCGAUGGAUGUUUGUGUUUUUAGGCUGAGAUGUAUGACCGUUGUGUAGUUACGUCUUUUUAGUAGUUAUUUUUUUAAAGAAAGGGUGUUUUACUGUUUAUUUUUGUGAGGGAAGAACGAGAUCCGUGAACAUGGACUCACGGUUUGCGAGCCUGCGACAGCGGGAUGCCAGCGUGUCGAUGCUGAGGGUAAAAAUGUCCCGUAGAAGGUCUCAGUCCCAGAAGGAAAAUCGAGAGCGGGUCUUGAACACGCGUAGGCAGUUGGAAAAGCUCCAGGAGAUGGAAAUGUCUUGUCUGGAUGCCUCCAUCGCAGUGGGCAACAUGUCAGUCAUUCAGGAGAAGACGCAGAAGAAAGGAAAACCUGCAACAACUACAGCGGUGGAGGAGAGGCUGAAACAGCUUGAGCGCUGGAAAGAGCGGAAGGCUCUGGAAAAAGAGAAGGAAAAGAGAGACAGGGAGCGUAAAGGGGUAUUUAAGACCGGCCUCUAUCAUCCAAAGGAAGACCUUACCAUCGUGCCACUGCCUGUUAUUCCAGGUGCUCCUGCUAAACCUAAGGAGAAAACGACGGUUACAUCUGAGAAUACCAGAGUCACUCGUUCAAUGAAACAGCAGCAAAAACCUCUGAAGAUGCAUGAUCCAAAUGCUGGGGCAAAGAAAGUACAACCUGCUGUGGAAAGAUCAACAAGAACCCGGAUGGCUGCUGUCAAGCUUGCGCCAGCACCAACUACGACAAAGGCCAAAGUUUGUGCAGUGGAGCCAGUUGUACGGGCUUUGUCAACCAGAUCAGCCAACAGGCCUCCUGUUACAGCAACCUCUGUGGUGAAAGAUAAACCCAAGGACAAGGCUGCAGAUGGAAGAACCACAAGGAGCAGAGCAAUUGUUAACCCUGUGGCGCCCUCAUCUGGCAGAGAAAGGAACCGUAAAGUAAAUGUCAACAACAACAUCAACCCUACUGUUGUAAAGGAGUCUGAACUGAACAAGCCUCAGACACAAGAGCCAGAGGACAAGCCCUGUUCUGAGGAGGAAGACAUGGUGGUGGACAAAGCUCCAGAAGAAACUGUUCCUGCCGUGGAUCCCACUGAGCCUCAGUCCUCUUUGUCUUCGUUUGCUCCGGAUGGUUUUGUCUUCCAUGCUCCUGCUGGCCUGUCCAACUUCAAGUUUGAACCUCUCACCCCUCGCUCAGCAGACGCCUUCCUUACACCCAGCUCCAGCUUUAAUCUCCCACCGGCCCUCGUAUUGAGCGCAGAGCCUCAGGAUGAGUCAAAUAAACCCAUUUGCCCUGAAUCCCCUCAUCGCUCUCCUCCACGUACGUCUCCUGCAGUAGCCUCUCCCACUCCAGGCAGUCCCCUGGAAUCAAAGCACGACGUACCGUACUUCAGAUCGGAAAUUGCCAAUGAGACAGACCGGCUGAUGAGUCUAUGUUCCCACUGGGAGUCUAAAGUGGAGGAUGAGUCCAUCCCAGAAGAAAUGCGAGACCGUAUGCGUACAGCGGUCGGCCAAGCGCGGCUGCUGAUGAAAGAGCGCUUUAAGCAGUUCGGCGGUCUGGUGGAUGACUGUGAGCUGGGCCGAGGGGAGAAGAUCACCACCUGCACUGACCUGCAGGGAUUCUGGGACAUGGUUUAUUACCAGGUGGAGGAUGUCAACAAGAAGUUUGACGCUCUCAGAGAAGCAGAGGGCAGAGGCUGGGUGGAGGAGCACAAACCCCCUCCACGACAGAGGAAAAUGGUGAAGAAAGCAUCUGCUGCACCGGUUAAGCCAACGGUAACGAAAGCAGCAGCCAAAUCACGUCUGGCUGCUGUGAAAGCCGCCAUGAAAGCCAAGCAGCAGGCAGCUGAAGCGGAGAAAGCAGCCGGAGAAAGCGGCGGUAACACCGAGGAAGACGCCGUCAUAAUCUCUCAGGAACCCAAACCUCAAGCAGGAGCCCAGACGCUGGACGCGGUAGUCUUUGACGGAGGCUUCUUCAAGGUGGAGAGCCCAGCCAAACCAUUAGGUUCAGUUAGGAGAUCCAGCCGUCUGAGUGCCGCUGUGCUGCCACAGGCCUCUCCCUGCUCCACGUAUCUCUCACCUAGAAGAGUCACUCGGCGGUCCCUUGCAUUGUCGCAGACUCCCGUCCACACUUCUCCCGCUCAUCCCGUCCACAUUCCCGUGCCGCUCCGCCUCGCCCUGGAACAAACCCCAGCACCCAGGUCUCAGUGUGGAACUCCUCAGCCUCCCCAGAGCAGGAGCGAUGCUGUCAACACCUCUCUGUGUUUCUCACCUGUCAAGGAAGUGCUUACAGAAGACACCAGGCCAGAGGGAAGCCUUGAUGAAACGGCCUCUACACAGGAGACUACUGCGUGCAUUCCUAUAAUGGGCACGCCCAUAAUUUUGCCUCCAGCCAUUUCUGUAGUCGAGGAGAGCGACAAGCCGGCCGAAGGCUCCGGUGCUGAGCUCCCUCUGUCAUUGUGUAACAUACCUCCUCAUGUCUCCCAGACCCCUGAGCCCUCAUCAGCCUUGAGUUUCAUACUGACCCCUAAUCUAACUCCUGCCCAGCCUCCCAUCUCCUCUGCUGCCGUGCAGGACCAACAGUCUGUGUGUCACACACCAGACAGCUCAAUUGUUGAGGAAAUUCCUGGGCUGGACUUUGAACGUUACCUCCAGCCGUCACAGAGAUGCAGCCUGUCACCGAUGGAGACGGUCUCCAAAGAGAUGUCCCCCAUGGCAGUGGAUUUAGAGAUGGAGAGUCCCAGAGUUGAGCCGGAUGUGCUUUCUCAGCAAGAACCAGCACUACCAGCGGUGUCUCCCCUGUUAUCUCUCCAGUCACCACAGAUGGCAGAGUCUGCCCUGCUUCUCUUCACCCCGGACCUGAAGGACAGGAUACGCCCGUCUGUCUGCCCAAGUGACCUCAUGGUCUUCACCCCUCCUAACAAGUAGCGUGUGUCAGAUUGUGUUUAAUGUUGAUAUAUAUAUCGGUUUGUUUUCUUUUUAGCUCCUUUUUUUAAAAAAAGAAAAAGCUUUUGACUUUCACUUUUAGAUUACUAGAAAAAAUAUUUUUGUCCUACAUAAAGUUCUAAUUAAAGCUUUAGUUAUAACCAGAAAA